CAUUUUUCUUGUAAAACAAAGGGGGGCCUAGCGAAAAAGGUUUGGGAACCACCAUCUGCCCUCAAACGUCAUAAAAUGGCUUUUUUUUACAGUUUCUGUUUUAAGCCACGAAAACCGUUGAUGCUCAUUUUUUCCAGCAAUGAAUAGAUUUCCUGUUUACACCCACAUCAAAACCCAAAAGCGAUCAUUGCUGUUAGAUUUAUAUAGAAAUUUGGUGAAACAGGGCCUACAAAUGUGUUAUAAGGCAGCGUGUUAGGAUGUGAUAUCAUGGUUUCUGCGUUGCUUAUCUUCGGAUAUGCCGCUGUCUUCAUAGUGCCCGUGUUAUCCUGUCGACCAAAGGAGUAUAAGACAAAUGACGGACAGUGCUGCCCGAUGUGCAAUCAAGGUACGAAGAAAAGGGACGACUGCAAUGAAACUCUUUGUAGUAGAGUUGUUCAGAGAGACUGCACAGCAUAUUCAGGAACUCAGUGCCGUUUAUGUGACCUGGGAACUUUCAUGAACCAACCCAACGGCCUGUAUAACUGUUUCCCCUGCACAUCCUGUGACACAGGUCAUGGUCUUUUUGUCAAGCAGAACUGUACAGCAACAACUGACACAGUGUGUGACAUUUUAAAUGGAUAUCACUGCAAAGGUUUUACAAACAGUAAUGGAUGUAGUUUGGCAGGGAAACAUUCACAGUGUGCAGCUGGUCAGAGGAUAAAAGAACCUGGAACCAGCAGAAGUGACACAGUGUGUGAAGACUGUCAGCCAGGCUUCUUUUCCAAGGACGGUGUGAACUGUACAGCUUGGAAAACGAAGGAAAAGAAACAGAGGCACUGAAUGGGUCAAAGCAGCAGUAUCUGUCACAGAUUAUUAGGCUGAGGACUCACUCGCAGGACUCUGAAGUUUAGAGAGAAGGUGAAGGAUUUAUUUACAAUGAGGCACCAAGUGGGGAUAUAUACAUAUAUACAGUGAGACGGAUAACACAGGACUCCAGGGGGUCCGAAGGGGAGGGAAGGUCCAAGGCAGGCGCACACACAUUCCUCUUCUACUCAAUCCACAACUCACUCAGAUAGUCCAAUCCAGAAUGCUCAUGCUCACUCACACACAUCCACAGGAAUCCAGACAGCAGGGAAGACGGGCAGGGAACCCAGAAGGCCUGUACACAGAGGGAAAACAACGUUAGGACGAAGCUCUAGGAAAUCACAAAGAAUACUCAAAGGGCUAGGCUACACUGACACUAGGUAGUGUGACGAUCCAGUGAGGAAGCAGCCUUCUGCUGUCAUAAGUAGUCUGCCAGGGAUAAUACGUGUGAUGAGAAGCCAGACGAGCCACAGGUGUGUGUUGAGGGCGGGCUCAGAGGCGGGGAAGCAAGGUCCAGCUCUGCCCUGGUGGGAGAAAAGACACACACCACAACCUCUCCAGAUCUUGAGAACCAUGACAGCAUCCUGUAGUGAAGCACUUUGCGAUAUUUAUGAGAUGAUCAGACCUUUACUGCAGCAUUAUGGAACAAAUGAGAGGAGCAGUUUGAGAUGUUUUUAUCUUUGCUAUACACAUUUUCUGUGGAAUUCGCUGUAGAUGUUUGUGUAGAUACAAGUUCAUAUUUAUCCUUGUAAUGUAUUUAUGGGUAAUAUUUCAUAAACAGCUUGACUGCACAGAGACAAUAAAGAAAUCCUUCAACAAACUUGUGUACAGCAGACGUAUAGUAGUUCUUCAUCAGAUUCAUGGACACAUCUUCUAAAAAGUUUACAUCUUCUUAAAGAGUUAACAUGUUAGUUGGUAUCACAGACAGCUGGUUUUAUUUUAUUUCUUGCAUCCUCACAUUUCCAAGAUUCUGUGUAACUGAAGCACUGCCGUGUUGAUCAUUAUGAGGUCACGAAUUAUUUGAGUCUACAUACAAAGAAGAUUAAUCAAAUGGAAGAGGAGACUGUGAGGAUGGAGACAGAGAGACAUCAGCAUGUCCUGAAAGAUAACGUAGCUGUUGAAACUCCUGGUUUUCUCCAAUCACUGCUUUGUACUGAUGCUGCUUAAUAAUACCAGUGAAGAGGUGACUGGCUGCAAGUCAUUUUCAGUCAAUUCUAUAUAAAGACACUCACUUGUUUUCUUUUUUUGUUUGUUUUUAUUUGUCUUAUCUAUUUAUACUUGAAGUAAUGAUGGUACUGAACUGUUUUAUACUUCUUGUGCUCUUUUAUCCAAGCCAUCAUUGGAUUUUCAGCUCUUUGCAGUGAAUACACAUCUCAUCAGCUGGAGAUUACGUUUCACCAAACUAAUCCCUCUUAAAUAAUUACUCUUAAAACCUAAAUAUUAUUAAUUAAUGGUAACCAUCUACGUGGCUAUAAAUUAUUUACUUUUUAUUUCACAGUGGCAAAUAAGAAUCCAGGUGCAGGUUCAAAUAAAAAUCUCAGCUUAGCUAUGUCAUUAUUCAUUAGUAAAAUCUUCGGCUAUGAAUACUUCCCCAAUCCAGUCUGUCUCGUGUUACUCAUAAAUAUUCAUCGGGUUCAAGAGAAGGAGUUGUAAGAAUUAAAGAAAUUAGUUUACUGCUGGACUGUAUAUAACCAUCAUCUUAUCGUUGCAUUAAUUAUCAUUUCAUCAAAGCAUUUAUUGAAGCUGCUGGCAUUGUGGUAUAAUUUGUAUUACAGGGGUUAUUAUAAUCAAAUAUUAACAUAUU